AUGAAAUUUGGUGUGCAUUUGUUGGCAAAUCUUACUCCGGAAUGGAAUUCUCAGUAUAUUCAGUAUCAGUAUUUGAAAGAAUUGCUCGAGAAAGCGAUUGCGGAUGCGCCUGUAAUGAUUAAUGAAAAUGAGAACGAUAAUGAUUUUAAUAACCCCGUAGUUGAGGAGUAUUUUCUUCGUGUUGACGACGAGUUUUUUGAAUGUUGCAAAAAGGAACUAAUAAAGAUUAAUACUUUCUUUGCCGAAAAACUAGCUGAAGCAUUGCGACGAUUUACUACACUUAAAGAUGAAAUCCAAUACAGGAAACUAAUGUAUGGAAAAGUCGCUCCUUCUCACAAAACGAACAAAGUUGGUCAAAGUACUGACAGUACGAUUCAUGGAGGAAAACAACCCUCGGCAAGCAAACUAUCAUUUGUACCUGAUCAAUUUCUGAAAGGGAAUGGCAAACAGCGAAAACCUUGUAAAGAUGUAAAAAAUCUCAAAUUGGCCUUUAGUGAAUAUUAUCUAAUGUUGGUUCUGCUACAGAAAUAUCAAUUAUUGAAUUUUACUGGCUUCGUUAAAAUCUUGAAGAAACACGAUAAAUUGUUGCAAACGAAUCGCGGUAACGAAUGGCGAAAAGCAAAUAUUGACACAGCAACCUUUUAUACAUCAACAGCAGUAACUGAACUCAUUUGUGAUGUUGAAAGGAUCUAUAUCGAUGAACUCGAAUCAGGUGACCGAGCACGUGCUAUGAAACGUCUUCGUGUUCCACCACUCGAAGAACGUCAAUCGCCGAUAGUCACAUUUCGCCUUGGCAUCUUCAUCGGAAUUAUAUGUGUUCUACUACCUAUGGUUAUUAUUCUUAUUCUUGUUCUGAAUAAGAGUAAGUCAGGAAUACCAUUGGCAUGGCGGGAUGCUCUUCAUCUCUACCGUUCGCCAUUUCUUAUUAUUGCUCAAAUUAUGUUUGCUGGUAUCAACGUGUACGGUUGGUCAUCGGCUGGUGUCAAUCAUAUUCUCAUAUUUGAAAUCGAUCCACGUAAUCAUUUAACUUAUCAACAAUUACUUGAAAUCGGUGCAUGUCUCUGCGUGUUCUGGUGUCUCAGCUUUAUUGCUUUCAUUCUUACCUCUUACUUCGAUUUUUAUCCAUUUGUUCAACCGUUACUAUUCGUCUUACUGAUGGUUAUUUUUGUCAUUAAUCCAGCACCGAUAUUUUAUCGUCCAGCUCGUUAUUGGCUUCUACGAACAGUAGGAUUGAUCUUUUCCAGCGCCUUUCAUCGUAUCCAUUUUGCAGAUAAUUGGCUUUGUAAUCAAUUAACAUCGAUUGAAUUAGCCUUUUUCGAUCUCGAGUACUUCUUUUGCUUCUAUUUCUCUAAUCAUCAAUGGUGGUCGACAAGACUAACAUCCUCUUCAAAGCCCGAACACGCUUUUUGUACCGGUUGGUCACGCUUUCUUCUCCAAGCAUGUCUACUUGCCACACCAUCCCUACUUCGUCUAACUCAAUGUCUCCGACGAUAUUAUGAUACUAAACUAAAAUUUCCACAUCUAGUCAAUGCGACCAAAUAUUUUGCGAGCACGUGUGUGGCAAUCACAAAUUCGCUUCGACGUGGAACACUUGCCCUGAAUAAAAAUCAAUCGAAUAAUCCAACGAAGAACCCGUUUGUUUAUACAUGGAUCAUCGCUGCAUUUAUCAAUUCAACUUUCAAAAUUAUAUGGGAUAUCAAAAUGGAUUGGGGAUUAUUUCAUAAGAAUGCCGGUGAGAAUCGAUUUCUUCGCGAUCAUAUUAUCUAUCCAUCAAAGAAGUAUUAUUAUUACGCGAUGGUUCAAGAUGUUGUCUUUCGAUAUAGUUGGACAAUAAACAUAUUCAUACAGUUUCAUACUGCAGCAGCUGAAUAUUCCGAUGUGGUUGGUUUUGCUUUCGGUUUUCUGGAACUAAUUCGUCGAUUUUCUUGGAAUUUUUUCCGUCUAGAAAAUGAACAUUUGAAUAAUUGCGGUCGAUAUCGUGCGAUUCGAGAUAUUUCGAUUAAACCCAUUGGUUCCGGCGUAGAUUUCACACUACUCGAUUCGAAAUCACGCAAGAAAUCCCGUGUACGAAGUCGCUUGCAAUCCGCAAGAUGUGAAACAAUUGCUGAAGAAAGUAGUAUCACACCCGGUGAUGAUCUGGAAACAAGCAUUGCAAAUUUUGUUCAAAAUCAAAUAUCCGCAUCGCGCUCUUCGACAAUAGUCGAAGUCAAUGUGUUUCAUACAACAUCGAAAAAUUCUUCAUUUCGAAGAUGUUAUUCCCUUUCAUCUCUGGAUAAUUAUUCACGCACACGACAAACUAGAAAAAUGACGAUUGUAAAUUAA